AUGUCCAGGCUACCAGAAGUAUGGGGCGAGGACGCUCAUCUAUGGAAUCCUAGGCGUUUUUUCGAUCUAGACAAAGAGAAGCAGACGACUGUUGGUUUGUAUGCUAAUCUGAUGUCUUUCGGGAGCGGUUCCAAGGCCUGCUUAGGAUGGCGUUUUGCCGUCAUUGAGUUACAAUCCUUACUCGUCGAUCUCAUUGAAAAUUUUGAGAUCGACAUUCCUGCAGAGAAGCCAGAUAUUCAGCGCGUUCCUGCAGGGGUAAUGAUACCUAUGAUCAGAAACCAAAUGCGCCUUGGGUCUCAAAUGCCUCUCAAACUGACUCCUCUUAACUAG